GGGUGUUUUCCGCAUUCCGCAAAGAGCUGUGGGCAGAAGCGCAAGUUUGGAGAGGGGACAGUCGCAUCUGUGAAGAAGCCAGUCAUUCCCAGAGGAUUAGCGGUCCGUCGUCAGGGAGCAAGGAUGCCUUACAUGUUCAUCAGUACGCAGAUCCGACUGGAGAAUGGUCCAACAAAUGUGGGAGAUGAAUACUCUGAUCCAGCUGUUAUGAAUUACCUGGGAGCACGGAAAACAACCAUGCUGGGAAACAAUUUUUCCGAGUACCAUGUGGACGACCCACCUCGCCUGGUUCUGGACAAACUGGAGAAGAUCGGCUUCCGUGUGCUGACAAUGACGGGGGUGGGACAGACGCUGGUGUGGUGCCUGCACAAGGAGACGCAGUGAUCGGUCAUGGUGCAAGUGUUGACUGUGACAAAAUGCCUUGAGAAGCCUUUAAAAGGAUGAAUGAAUUGUGAUGAAGAACUUUGGUUCUCUGCUCUACAAUCAAUCCAUUAACAUCUAUAAAAUCAGCCUUUUCUUUAUUAUCCCACACGUUAGGCUUCAGAUUACCCUCAAUAGAUGACAGGUCACCAAUUGCAGGGGAUACUGAACUACAUUCCAGCGAUUUUAUAAGACUUUUUUUUCCUAUAUUGUUUGCCAUUAACUAAUGAUCGCCAAGUGGGAGUGGGACAGUUUAACUGUUAAUAAAUGAUUUGCCAAUAAAGGCAGAUUUCUAAAUUAUUUCCUGUGAAAAAGAUAUCACCCAGUUCUCUCUCUUCUGUCCAAUAAAGAAAACACUAUGUUAGAUAGAUUUGUACUUAUGUAAAGAUGUUUUUGUAAGUGUAUCAUAUGCUUAUGAUUAAAUCCUGUAAUGAUGUGGCUUGAUUGUGUAUAAAAGUGAAUAAAUGAAUCCUGCUGCAAAGGAUAUAUAUAUAUA